AUGACUACCGUUCAGGAGAUGUCUAUCGACUCUCCAACUAUCCCAGGGAGACCACCUCUUCGCAAGCUUUCUUACGAGGCUUUCGGUCACGAGCGAUCGUGCAGUGCUCCCGGCUCUAACUGGAGGACGGGACCCUUCGGCGAUGCAAUGAUGGCCUGUGUAACUGGUCCUUCCCCUGGCCCAUCUCAACACACCAACGGCCCUAUGUCCUCUGAUCUGCCCAAUGCUUCUGGAAGACCAUUGUCACCAAUCCUCAGUCCCGGUGCCACACCUAGACCUUAUCUCAAGGUUCAGACCGCCAACAUCGACGAAGAAUCCGACCUGCGCCCACAAGUACCGCCUAAAUCGCCAGCCGUUGAACGCAAAACGUCUCCAGCCCCACUCAUCCUGAACUCUAAAGCAAGCCGGCCACAGCUGACUACGCCUGCAUCAAUGAACUCAGGCGGUAACACACCACUGAGUGCGAUGGACCUCCGACGAUCGCCCAAUGGCAGCAUUCCUCUACCUACCCCACCCUCAACCUUUACCAAUCCCUUCUAUGCAUCAUCACCCGCCUCGAACCGAGGCUCACCGCGUACUGAGAGGAGAGAUCCUAUUUCCUCGCAAAGUUCUACCCAUAACCGAAACAUGUCUGAAUCGUCCAUCAUGGAAAGAGGUCGACCUAAGCGACGCAACAGCAAGAGAGAUCGCAGCCGCACCAUGUCAGAGGCCAACGGCUCUGAGCCUACUCCUGACGCAUGGAAAUUGCCUGAAGGCAUGCGUGUGCCAGAAGCUGCCAGACGUAUGAGCGACGCCGACAAGAAGCUACUCCACAAGCAGGCUUAUGACCAGGCUGGCAACUUCGAGGUGCUGAACAAACGUGACGUAGCAUCACUAUCAAGGGAACUCAGAGCACUCGACGAGCGCUGCGACUACCUUCGAAAGACCUACAAAUCACUACGUGCCGGCCGCCAAAAGCUGCAUGGCCGUAUGAUUGCUUAUCUGAGGCGCGGAGAAACUGUCAUCUUCUCACGCGAAUCACUUCUCAAACAGGAAGAGGCACUGGCGGAACUGGACAUCUCGAUCGACGAGUUCAUUCUGAAACUAGAGCAAGCCGAAAAUCGGCGCUUGCGACUUCGGCAAAAGCUACUCGAGCACGUCGCGGCUGCUAUUGUGCUCAACCCUAGCGCGCGGGAUCAGGUAGCCGAAACUACUCCACCUCGAAGCCCUGUAAAGAUCGACAGCCCAUCUCGACAUGAACGAAAAGAGACCGAGUCUAUCAAGAUAUACGCCGACGGACACGUUUUAAAUCUCUUCUCCGACAUUGAGAAGGCCAUCGGCAAGAUGUGCGAGCAAUCUUGCUGA